GUGGCAUCGCUGUACACAAAGAUGGCGGAUGAAUGAAAGGUUUGCAGACUUGCGUUGUAACUUUAGUAGAAAUGCAAACAUUUGUUAGUGUAAACGUUUAUAGUUGAUGUAAAUUAAUAUAGUAUUUAUUUAAAGGUGUUAUAUUUGUGAAAAUGGCUUCGUGGGCUGGGUUUUCGGAAGAAGAGCUGCGGAGGAUACAGCAGAAAGGCGAGGCGAAUGAGAGUGCAGUCGCUUCAGUUGGCCGCGGCAGGAGAUCCGCUCCUACUAACCGGAGCAGGCAGCAGCUGCAGCGGGAGAAGGCGCUUCACAUGGCCGCUAAACAGAAAGCGGCUCUCGGGGACUCUGCACUGUCUCCUGAGCAGCAGCUUCAACCCGCUCCAGCACCAUCACCCGCUCCUCCACCCGCUCCUCCACUCCAAACAACUCCAGACAAAGUACCAAAGCAAGAGCUACAACAGGCAGAACCAGGAACUGUCCCUCUCGACUCAGAAGAUCCGCCUGCAGCAGUGAAGGAACUGGACAAACAGGAAGUGGAAUUACGAGAGAAGACCCGUCUGCAGCACCUUCAGUGGGAGCAGCGAAUGAUGGAAGAGAAGAAUAAAAGAACCAAAGCCCUCCUUGCUAAGACCAUUGCUGAAAAAUCUAAGCAGACGCAAGCCGAAGCGGUAAAAUUGAAGAAAAUCCAAAAGGAGCUCCAGGCUCUGGAUGAUUCUGUGUCCAGUGAUAUCAGUAUCCUCAGGAGCCUGAUCGAGCAGGCCAGCCUGGAGUAUUCCACAGCAUGGAAGCGCUUGGAAAAGGCAGAAGCCGAGUAUGUGGCAGCCAAGCUAGACCUGCACAAGAAGACGGAGGCUAAGGAGCAGCUAACCGAGCACCUCUGCGCCAUCAUCCAGCAGAACGAGCUGCGCAAGGCGCGCAAGCUGGAGGAGCUGAUGCUGCAGCUCGAGCUCAACACAGAGCAGGCGUCCGAGGGAGCGCAGGAGGAGGGGUGUGGGGAGAGCGAAGGCCCCGCCCAUUCCGCAACAGUCAACGAAACUAAAGUGAAAAGUGACGGCCAGGUUCACACAGACUGCACAGAUAUUAGCAAGGAGAGUGCCGUGACUGUAGCAAAGACAAGUGAAGGUCAGGAGAAGAAACUGCUCACAGCUACUGUGAGUGGAGACGGCUAGUUUUUCAUCCUUUAUUACACAUACGCAGCAUGGGGCUACUUCCACGUGUAGAUGACCCAGUACACUAACAGAUAAUCCCCUAAUUAAAUUGCCUAUUAGUAAUAAUAAUAGUAGUAGUAGUUCUAGUCUUAUUUAUUAUGGUGGAGGGAGUAUGAAGAAACUGGGCUACAGCUUAAGGCUUGAACAAAAUAGUUAAUAUGUUCUUUAAAUCAAAAGUGUUUUUAUUCACAUUAAGUUUUGAUUAAAUGUUCACCUAAAGAGUUUUCAUUGCUAUAUACAGCUUCGAUUUUCCUGCAAAUCCCAAUCUUUGUCAAACUUGUGUAACACUAUGCUCUAUAUUGUAUAUCGAACUUUUAUUAUUGAGCACUUUCAUGAACACUAUGCAGAAAUGUGACGUCUGAAAGUUGCAAGUGGCAAAGCUUCGAAAAACUGAUGUCUGUGAGGUUAUAUCAUGCAAAGCCAUGAUUAUUGCAUGAAGAACCAACAGCCAUGGCAUAUUCAUGUGCAGUUCUUUUUUCCCUUCCUUAUGAAUUAUUCAGGAAAGAGAAUAGACUGGGUAAAGUGUUUAACUCGUCGUAAGAUGAUACGUUAUAAUUUAUGGAGAUUAUUCGCCCUGGUUCCACAAGAGUGACUGUAGAGUUGUCGUAUUUUAACCCACAGUUUGACAGAAGAUUCUUCGGUCAAAAUCUUGAACAUUAUUAGUUUUUCUUUAAGAUAGAGAGCCAAGUGUAUUGCAAUGGAUUUUAUGUUUUGAACCAAUGGGGAAACUUGAUUUAGUUUUUUUUUUUUUUUCUUUUUUGUUUUUUCUAUGUUUAUCAAAUAAUGACACUAUGCUUCAUGUUAUGUUUUCAGAGAUUUGAUACAUAUUUAUAUACCCUUCAGACUAUAUUUUUUACAUAUUU